CGCGGUAAUUGGAUUAGACCAAACGCUGAUGUCAGUCAGUUGUUUCCUCCGCUAAACUAGUUGAAUUUCAUCAUCCACAGCGAACAACAGCAUGGGGCAGCAUACCCAAAAGAUCCUGCUACUUGGGAGCAUCGUGAUAGGCCUCCUCUCCGGAUUAGCCAUGCUGGUCGGCAGCUUGCUGAAGGAGUCGAUACCGAAUGUUUUGGCGCCAGAGGAACGACAGUUUGCGUUUGACUACGUGAUUGUUGGGGCUGGAACUGGAGGCAGUACGCUCACCUCGCUGCUGGCCAAGCACAGCAAUGGCAGCGUUCUCCUCAUUGAAGCCGGCAGCGCCUUUGGACUGCUCAGCCGGAUUCCGCUGCUGACCACCUUCCAGCAGAAGGGCAUCAACGACUGGUCAUUCCUCUCAGUGCCCCAGAUGCACUCCUCCAGGGGUCUCAUCGACCAGCGGCAGUGUCUGCCGCGGGGCAAGGGCCUCGGGGGAUCUGCCAACCUGAACUACAUGCUCCACUUUGACGGACAUGGCCCGGACUUUGACGCCUGGCACCAGCUGCACAACCUGAGCGACUGGAGCUGGGCGCACAUGCGCCCCUUCAUGGCGGCCGCCACAGCCAAGCCCUGCGACAUGUUCGAAAUACCCAGUGGCUACUCGAAGCUUACGGAGGCUCUCGACGAUGCCCAGCGCCAGUUCACGCACAAGCCUUGGGUGUUCCGUCGCUCGCGCUAUAACAUCAGGAACGGACUCCGCCACUCGGUGGUGCAGCAGUUCCUGCAGCCCGUGCUGCAGAAUCGCAAUCUCCGGCUGCUUCCCGAGGCGCUGGUCAAGCGCAUACAGCUCUCGUCCAGCCCCACUCUUCGUGCCAGCUCCGUUCUGGUGGGCUUGAAGGAUGCCGAAAACAAGGAGCUGGAAUUCAGCAUCGAGGUGCGACGCGAGCUGAUCCUUUGCGCCGGGGCCUUCCAGACACCGCAGCUCCUCCAGGCCUCUGGCAUUGGUAACGGCUCAACGCUGGCUAAGCUGAGGAUUCCUGUGCUGCACAACUCCCCACUGGUGGGUCGCAAUCUGCACGACCACUUGAAUUUGCCGCUCUUCGUCUCGAUGGGUGUGACCGGGCCGAGCCUCAACCAGCGCACGCUCCUCAGUCCAACGAGCGUGCUCAACUUCCUCAGCUCGGGCACGGGUCCUUUCGGCAACUUUGGAGUGCUGGGCCAUGUGGCCAGCCACGAGGAGCCCUCGCCCUUUGGCAUCGCCUUCUUUGGGGCGGGGGCGAUAGACGAGGCUGCGCUCAUGUCCAUUUCCAAUUUCAAAGCAGCCGCCUUUCGGGCGCUCUUUCCACGGUACCACAAUGCCUCGCAGGAGGGAUUCGUGGUGAUUUCCAGCUGCCUGCAGCCAAAGUCCAGGGGCUCGGUGGGACUCCUCAACAAGCACAUGCGCAGGAAUCCCCUGAUCGAUCCGAACUAUCUCAGCCACGACGAUGAUGUGGCCUGCACCAUGGCCUCCAUACGAAGUGCUGUAAAGAUGGUCACCUCAUCCUCGUUUGCCCAGCUGCGACCCUUCAUACACUGGCCAAAGCUGCAGGAGUGCUCCAACUUUGGGCCCUUUGAGCGGGAUUUCCUCGAGCACCAGCCCUCGGAUGUGUAUCUGGAGUGUCUAAUGCGUCACAUUGGCCUGAGCUCGCACCAUCCAGGUGGCAGCUGUGCCCUGGGCACUGUGCUGGACUCGCAACUCAGAUUUCGGGGUGUGCCCAAUAUUCGAGUGGUGGAUGCCAGCGUGCUGCCUCGUCCCGUUUCGGGGAAUCCCAAUACGGUCAUCGCCGCCAUUGCUAUGCGUGCCGCAUCCUGGAUACUGAAGAGCGAGCUGCAAGAGGGCACCCAAUCAAAGUAAUCAAAGAGAAUGUAAGGCGAAAGAGUAUUAAAGUUAUCAAACGAUUCGCAUUGCCAU